GCUAGCAGUCGCUCACAUGACGGUGGUGUUUCCUGCUGCGGUUACGAGAAACUAAACAAAUCUGAUCUAGUUAGUUUAUCAGAUGUAGAUUUGGCACAGCAGCAGUUCAAACAGGUCGUAUACAUCUGCAUCAUAACGACAGUUAUCUGAAGAGUCCGUUUGAAGACGCAUAUUGCACAGUCUGGUGUAAUCUGUUUUUGUAUCCAGUGUGUUUUGAUUCACUUUGGCAAGAAAUAUGAUCCCCAUCAUCCGCAAACAAAACAUGCCCUCCGGAGCAAUUUUUAGCCUGCUGUUAGCUCUCACUAUACAUCAAACUUUGACUGCUGAUGUUCCGCCCACUGUGGUCGCCCCUGAAACCAGCUCUCCUCCGGUCUCUCCUGCAACCCCUGGACCCCCUGAGCGAGGCAGCUACAAUGUCACCAAUGCCACUGACGCUGUCUGUCUCUUGGCACGGAUGGGAUUGCAACUCAACAUUAGCUUUAUUUCGAGCUCUGGUGGCAAGACUGUCCAGGAGGUCUUGAACCUGCAUCCAAACCUGGUUAAAUCCUCUGGAUCCUGCGAUCCGGACAGUGCGACUCUCAUACUCAAUGAGGACAACAUUACUCUAACUUUUAGUUUCUCUUUGAAUUCCACAUCAAACAAGUAUCAUCUUAGUGGGUUGGAGCUGUCAGCUGCAUUGCCUGAUAUGCCUAAGCGUCUUGUUUUCAGGAACACCACUCUGAAUUACAUGGUGGGAACCCUGGGCCACUCUUACAUGUGUCAGAAGGAGACAACCUUGAGCGUUACACAAAAUUUCUCUCUCAACACCUUCCAGCUUCAAGUGCAACCUUUCGGUGUCAAUGGAGAUUUUGGAUCAGCUGAGGAGUGUGAGCUAGAUGAGGACGACAUGUUGAUUCCCAUUAUUGUGGGUGCUGCACUGGCUGUUCUAGUGCUCAUCGUGAUCCUGGCCUACCUUAUUGGCAGGAACAGAAGUCAUGCGGGCUACCAGACCAUCUAACCUCAUUUCAUCUUCAAGCCAGGAUGUGUGGGCACCACUGAUUUCUGCUCUCUUCUGGACUCAACAACACUACAACUGCAGCCGCCUAGUUUUUAAACUGCCCUGCCCUCUGCUGGUGUCUCACCCUGCCACCGCUCAGGUGGACCUGCGCUUCCUGGACUUUCUGUUGUAUUAUGUUAAACAUAGUAUAAUUAAUGCAUACUUAAAAGGUGCAGGGCAAAAGCAAAGAUGUGUUUGUGGCUGUAGGUCAUUGCUAAGGUAUUGUUUCCAGAAACCAGAUUAUGCUUAUCUAGAGGAA